CAUUAUCCUCAGCAAAGAUCUCGACUUCCCGCUGUCUUUCUAGAAUGUAAUGAGAAAACAACCUUUCUUCCGCAAUAUUCGCUACACGUUCUAUUGACCAAUUCUGAAGUUCUUCUUACACUGCCUUUAAUGAAAAGAGGAAGCUUGCUCUAUUUAAUAGUUAUCAAAUUCGUCGUCGACAUUUGACAAUGGAACACCUUGCGGCGUUUUGAGCUCGUUUGUCGUCUAACUGCAUUAUGUACAAACCAAUCUAAAGAACAGGCCGUCGCGCAAUUUCUUUUGAAAAUGAACUGUUUUCUCCUUUUUGUGGUUAUUUCUCAAAUCAUUCUAUCUGGAAAUGGCAGACAACAAGCUGAAGACAGAUAAUGCUGUGUUUGUAGAAGGUCACCAUCAUAUAGUAAAUCGAGGGCGCUUGAUGCUAGAAUGGCUCAAACAAAAUGAGAAGAGUCUACCGCUCGUUCAGACUAAUGCUGAGCACUGCGGUGUGUCGGACUCAGCGUCUUCUCGUGUCGUAUCCGGAGACGACGCGACUCUCGGCGAAUGGCCAUGGCAGGCGUGGUUACACGUCACCCCCCACGGAUUUGUCUGCGGGGGCUCUCUCAUCGCGCCGCAAUGGGUGUUGACCGCUGGACACUGUAUACUCACGGAAGACCCGAAAAAGUAUCGUGUAGUGCUCGGGGACGUCGAUCGUGACACGACCGAAGGAUCGGAACAGAUAUUUCAUGUUAGACGGAUAAUCAAGCACCCACAUUACUCGCGGGAUGUCCCGUAUGAUAAUGACGUUGCGUUACUGCAGCUGUCACGCCCCGCUUUCGUGACUUCAUUCGUGAAUACCGUCUGUCUCCCUGCGCAAGAAGAGAAGGUCCCAGAAGACAGUGAAUGCUAUAUCUCAGGCUGGGGUCAACUCCUCCAUCCGGGGUCUGCCGCCCCAGUUCUCCAGCAAGCUCGCAUGCCUGUUGUGUCAAACCGCGCAUGCGCUGAAAAACUGAACACCUCUCCUAAUGGUGGACUUCACACUGAUAACCGCACAUGGGAAGUGACGGACAGUAUGGUGUGCGCAGGGGAUGCCGGGAUCACCAAGACUAGCGGUUGCUAUGGUGAUAGUGGUGGGCCUUUCGUUUGUAAAACUGCUGACCGUUGGGUACUGCAGGGAGUUGUGAGCUGGGGAGACCCUGAUUGCUCGUCGGUGAAUCACUACACUGUUUUCGCACGAGUUGGGAAAUUCGUGAACUGGAUAAGAUACAACAUACAAAAGUACUUACUGUGACGGUAAAUCACUAAACUGUUUUCGCACGAGUUGGGAAGUUCGUGAACUGACAAAAGUACUUACUGUGAAAGUACUUACUCUUACCGCGCGACGCGGGUUAUCUUAGCGACCGGACCGAGUGAAUAUAACUAGCUAGGAGAGAAUAUAACUAGUUUUGAUAAAAUUUAGAAGGCUUUCCCCUUAUUUUGACUUCUAGUUUUUUCGUUCACUAGUAUUCAAGUAAAUCAAAUAGUUAGUUAUCAUAUAUAGAUUGGCAAAAAUAUUUUAAGCAAAACUAUUAUCCCUUUUCAAAGUCUUUAUAUUUAUUGCAUAGCUGAUUUGUUCACAAAGACUUUCUAGAUGGUAUUCGUCUGGCAUUGUUCUGAAUAAACAGCCUGUAGCCCCUGCACGGUUUAAAAUAAAGUCAAUUAUAUUUGUAAAGAAAAUAAUAAGUCAUUCGCCGAAACGUCUUCGAAAUUUUUAGUACAAAAAUCGAUCGCGAUAUUUUGUAGGGAAAUCUUUCUGAUCUGAAAUCUCCGAAGAAAUAAAGUACACAAAUAAAAAGGACAGAACAACAAGAAUAAAAUAAAUACAUCAGAAAUGUU